AUGCGAUGGUUCAAAACAGGUGACAUCGUGGAGGUGGGCUCCGACGGUAUGUUCAAAAUCAUUGACAGGAAAAAGGAUUUCGUGAAACUCCAGUUCGGGGAGUAUAUAUCACUUGGAAAGGUUGAGUCGGAGCUCAAGAACUUCCCAUUUGUGGACAAUAUAUGCGUUUAUGGGGACAGCCAUCGCACGUAUUUAAUUGCAUUGAUUAUACCCAACCAAAAGGCGCUGACAGGACUGGCAGCUCAGCUCCUGACUGGUGUCGAAAGCGACAAAUUAGUGGAUUUGUGCGGAAACCGCAAAAUCAUGGCUCACAUCGAGAAGGAGUUGCAAACGUAUUGUCAGUCGACGGGAAAGUUGCAUAAAAUGGAAAUACCGCUCAAAAUCAUGUUAUGCCCGCAGGAGUGGACCACUGGUAACGGUUUGGUGACACCGGCGCUCAAGAUUAGGCGCAAGAAUAUA